AUGAAGGCACGCAGUUCAUCACCAACAGCCAAGCCGGCUGAGGGCGUGAGCCCUAGCCCUCCGUCUUCAUCUUUGCACCGCCCGAGUAUUUCCGAGAAGCCACCAGUGGUGGCUGCCACGACACAGCGAGGCUCCUCUGCAGUCGAAGAUCCUACUGACGAGCCGAGACCGCAUCUACACGCAAAGACCUUCUUGGCGGUGUUCGCCGUCUGCUUGAUCUAUUUCGUUCAGAUCGUCAAUGUCGUUGGUGCCGGUGCUUCCGCCAGAUGGGGCCAUUCUAACAUGUGCUUUCUUCUUCCUCCCGUCUCACAGCAAACCAACAGCAUCGCCAUCACACUCAAAGGCACGGCAAGCUCCGUAUGGCUGUCCUCGCCGAUCGCCAUCGCCACCGCCAUCCUCAGCCCUAUUGUGUCACAGGCGGCUGACUACUGGGGUCGACGAUGGUUUCUUGUCUUCCUCACCUUCCUCGGCGCCGUGGGCUCCAUCAUUGUCGCCCGUGCCACGUCGAUGAACAUGGCGAUCGCCGGGUUCACCAUCACUGGUCUGUCGUACGGCGCACAGCCGCUGCUCCACGCUGUCUCCUCCGAGGUCCUGCCCCGCCGGUACCGCUCGUGGGGCCAAGCCGCAGAUCUGACCUCCAUGGGCUGCGGUGGUAUCGUGGCCCUCCUGGUCGGCGGCGCCUUCAGUCGCACCCCCAAUGCUCCUUCGGAAGGGUUUCGCAACUUUUGGUACAUGACAAUGGCCUUGUUCGCCAUAGCCUCGCUGCUCACCUUUCUUCUUUACCACCCUCCGCCUACUGCUCGGCAGCUGGACUUCACGUUCACUGAGAAGCUCGGCAAGCUAGAUUGGAUUGGCUACUUUUUGCUAACCACCGGCAUCUUGCUUUUCUGCCUCGGCCUCUCCUGGUCUCAGAACCCCUUCCCAUGGUCCGACCCUCGUGUCUCGGCCACGUUUGCCGUGGGGCUCUUCCUCUUGGCCCUUCUGGGUGUCUACGAGACCUUCUUCAAGAAGGACGGCAUGUUUCAUCACUCCCUGUUCCGCAACCGCAACUUCGCACUGUCCAUGGUCUGCCUCUUCUGCGAGGGACUUGCCUUCUUCGCUGCCAACCAGUACUUUGCAUUCCAGGUUGGUAUGCUCUAUGAGACAGAUUCUCUGCGCGUUGGUGUCAGGUACAUGGUCACUAUGAUCGUUUCCAUCGUUGCUGCUCUGGCCGCUGGCCUUUACUGUGCCAUCACCAAGAAAGCCCGCUGGAUCACGGUUGUCUCGUUCCUGAUCUUUGUCGCCUUCUUUGCCUGCAUGGCCAACACGAAUGAGAACAGUAGCAAUGCUGUUUGGGGCUACCCUGUGCUUCUGGGUACAGCCAUGGGGCUUGUGCUUUGCACCAUUGUCACCCUGGCUCAGCUCUCUACCCCUCCGGAGCUCAUUGCCAUCACAUCUGGAAUGUCCAUUGGCAUUCGAUCACUUGGUGGCUCUGUUGGCCUCGCAGUCUAUAAUGCACUCUUCACUGAUGCAAUGGGUCAUCUCGGUGACAACAUUGCUAAGGCCGUCAUGCCGCUUGGGCUUCCCUCGUCCUCCAUUGGCCCUUUUAUCGGUGCCUUGACCGCCCAUGACAAUGAUGCGCUCUUCCAUGUUCCUGGCGUCACUCAGCCGAUCGUACAGGCCGGCGCUACCGCACUGCUUGGGACAUAUGUGAAGGGCUUCCAGCAUGUCUGGGUCGCCGCGGCUUGUUUCGUGGCCGUCGCUACUAUCAUUGCCAUCUUCCUCACGGAUCCCACCAAGGAAUUCACGAUGCAUAUCGAUGCGCCGGUGGAGAAGGAAGAGGAGCUUUAUGCUCACUAA